GUUAUCCUAACAUUUCUCUGCUUGUUGACGAAGACAUCUGUAGAAAUUACUCCAGUGCCAUAUACACUGCAAGUCCAUCAGGUAGCUUUGUAUGGAAGAGACACCUCUAACCCCUUGAGGAGAGAAAAGAAGCAGGUGCAGUGUCAACUGGGAGAAUACCUACAUCCUAGAAAGACCCACUGCUGCAUGAGGUGUCAUGCAGGUACCUACAAGGCAAAAGACUGUGAUGGGCCAGAGCAGGCACCUGUCUGUCUUCCGUGUGCUAAAGGCACAUUCACAGCUGUUGAUAACACCAUGUCUCAAUGCUUUCCGUGUACACGUUGCCGUACAGAUUUCCAGCAGAUAGUAGAGGCCCCCUGCACCCCAAAGAAAGAUACUGUAUGUGGCUGUCAGAAGAAUCAGUAUCAGUAUGGUUCGUUUGAUUUCUUCCAGUGUAGGAACUGCAGCUCAUGUGCCAAUGGGAUUAUUGCCAACUGUUCAAAGAACAGAGAUACAAUUUGCAAGUGUAAGCCUCAGUUCUUCCUGACAAGGAGUAAGAUUUGCAAGCCUUGCAACAGCUGCAUUGGAGAGGAAUGCUUGCAGUGUCAUAGCCCACUGACUACCUCACCAGCUUCAUCCGAGUUGAAUGGGACCCUUGUCCUUGGCAUCCUUGUUGCAAUAUUUGGAGGUAUCUCUCUCUUCUACAUUGUAAAUAAAGUAAGGAAGCUGGUCCAGGAAAAUGGGGAAGUGUCAUCAUUCUACUCCUGUGUUUCUUUGCCACGGACAACCAAGGAGCCAGUAUCAGAGGUUGAGGCAAAAAGAAAUGAAAUUUCCAUCCUUCUUCCUGAGUCCAAGAAGGAAACAGAAUCGCCAGUGAAUGCAACAUCAUUUGCACCUUUGCCGCAAAGUUCGCAUGAGUUACCAGACUGUGUCAGACCUGCCAGGAAGGCACAGCUCCCAGACAACUCUGCUAUACUUUACACUGUGGUGGAUCAUGUCCCACCAUCUCGGUGGAAAGAGUUCGUGAGGCGUCUGGGUCUGAGUGACUGCGAUCUAGAGCGAAUUGAACUGGACCAUCGGCGUUUACGAGAUGCCCAGUAUGAAAUGCUUAGACUGUGGAAACUGCAGAUGGGCCAUGCUGCAACUGUAGAGCACAUCAGCUGUGUUCUCAACCAGAUGGAGCUCAGUGGCUGCAGUGAUGCUAUUCAAGAGGCUUUGCUAAACCAGAACUCUCAUCAACCUUGCAGCCUUCACAACCAUCUUUAA